AUGGACAUCGUAAUGCUCCACCCCUCCCACAUCCCCCACGUCCAAACCUGCAACAUCACAAACCUCCCCGAAAACUAUUUCGCAAAAUACUACCUCUACCACGCCUUAACCUGGCCUCAACUUUCAUACGUCGCCAUCGACCUCUCAAAACCUCCAAAAUCCCCUCAUGAUCCCCCCAAAAUCGUAGGAUACGUAUUAGCAAAGAUGGAAGAAGAACCACUCGAUGGUAUCCCUCACGGUCAUAUUACCUCUCUAUCCGUCAUGAGAACUCAUAGACGGUUGGGACUUGCUGAGAAACUUAUGAGGCAGAGUCAAAAAGCAAUGGUCGAAACCUUCGGCGCAAAAUACGUCUCCCUCCACGUCCGCGUCUCCAACAAAGCAGCCUUAAGACUCUACAAAGACACCCUCCAGUUCGAAGUCGAAAAAGUCGAAUCAAAAUACUACGCCGACGGCGAAGACGCCUACUCCAUGAAACAAAACCUCGAUUUCAUCUGGGACGGCGUGAAAAAGGAAGAAGCCUUAUAUAAAAAGGACGACAAAAAGGGUGACGCAGAAACUGGUGAAGGCGCCGGUGAUGAAGAUGAAGGUGAUCCAGUCGGUGACGAGGGACAGGAAGAUAAAAAACCAAAGGAGGUCAUGCGGAAAGUUAAGAUUGGAAGAGCGUUAGGUGUCAGCGAUCUUGUCGAGAAGGUCGAGCAGCCCAAGGCAUCAUCAUAA